AUGACUUAAACAGAUGGAGUCUGCUUCUCAUUUCUCCUUUUAUUUAUCCUGACAAGUUACUUAAAGCAGAACAUAUAGCUUUUGUGACAGAAAGCAUUUCAGCUCAGUCAGAUAGUUUGCAGAAAGUACCUGGCUCUUCAAAAGAGAUUGUGAAGUGGUCAGACUAUUGUUCACCACUGGCCUAUAAACCUGGUGAGCCUUAUAAGUUAAUUGCUGAAGCAAGUGUAGAUAAUUUCAGUAACCUUGGAAUAGCAUUCAUGGAGGACAGGCUUCAAAUGGAUAAUGGAAUGGUGCCACACAAGAUUGUUUCUGUCCAUUUACAGGAAUCUGCUCUAAAGGAGUUGGCGCAGGUGGCGCCAUCUGUAAAAGGGCAAAGUGGAAGCAGUACACAAAUGGAUGAAGUAACUCCUGCUGCUACUUUUGGGACUACUGUUAAAUCAGGAUUAGCAGUAGCUGAAUCUGCAGGACAACGUGAAGAGGAGAAAUCCAAGCUAGAGAAAGAAAGUGAGCAUGAAGAUGAAUCCAGUCUGUCUGACAAAGAAACAGGUGCUGGAGAACAUCAUCACUUGCAUCUUUCCAGCUGUCAUGAAUGCCUGCAACUUGAAAACAGUACUAUUGAAUCGGUCAGAUUUGCCUCUGCAGAAAACAUUCCAGAACUUUCUGAUGAUUGCAAUAGCAAACUGGAAGAGAAAAACGAUGACUGUCUAGCAAGAGGCAUAAAGAGAGUAAACCUUGCCGGGAAGCCCCCUAAUGUAUUGAUUUAUCUUGGCUCUGAAACUGCAAAAGCGGAAUUUGAGCAGGUAAAAUCAGUCCUUCAGGAAUGCAUUGACACAGACAGCUACACCAUCUACCAGUUGCAUGAGGAACAAGUACUGAAAGUUCCAUGGAUUGAUAAUUCACUGCUGUUGAUCAUUGCCACGGAGGAGCCUAUUUCCGAGGAGAACCACAAACAAUUUAUGAAGUUUUUAUCUAAAGGUGGAAAGAUUCUAGCGUUUUCUUCGUCUUUUACAUUUGAUGGCAUACAAAUAAAGAGAAAAAACAAACUGAAGAAGACUGUUCAUGAAUUAGUGGUCUCUAAAAUGGACAGCACUGAAAUGAAGUUAAAUCUUGUGGUCAGUGGCUGUAUUUUUGAGGAAGUGAUGAAGGAAGAUACCAGCAAAGUGAAGACAUUGAGUCGAUUAAAUAAUGCUGAUAAAGAUAUAGUUAUUGUUCGUCUGACUUAUGGAGACAGUGGUGGAGAAGCCAUUCUUUCUCAGGCACACUUGGAACUGGAUAUCAAUUCUAUGGAUGUCCAAACUGAAGAGGAUUUUAAUUUGCUUAAAAUGAGCAAUACCAAGAGAUAUGAAGUUCUCAAGGAGAUCCUGACAUCACUUGGGCUGAGAUGUGAAUUAAGUGAAAUUCCUAUGUUAACACCUAUUUACCUUCUCUCUUCUGAUGAGGAAAUCCAUCUUGCUUUUCUGAAAUGGCUUGAGGGAAGUGUAGAUGCUGAAGGAUUAAGAGCAUCCAGCAAGGUGUCUCUUAAAUUCGUUUCAUCCUGUGAAUCAAAAAUGGAGGUAACUCCAUCUCUCAUGCCAGUCAUCACUGAGAUGGGAAGCUUCUCAUCAGAACAUUUUAGCCUGAAGACAUAUCAACAGAAUCUCCAAACAAAGAAGCUUGGAAAGAUUCUUCUUUUUACUGAAGUUACCCCAACAACAAUGAAUCUUCUGGAUGGGUUAAUGUUUGAGUUGCCUGAGGAGAUGGGUUUAAUAGCAAUUGCUGCUCGACAAACACAAGGGAAAGGUCGUGGUGGAAAUGUUUGGCUCAGUCCUGUGGGCUGUGCACUAUCCACUUUACAUGUCACCAUUCCUCUACAUUCCAGCCUGGGCCAGAGAAUUCCUUUUGUCCAGCACCUGGUGUCCUUGGCAGUGGUAGAGUCAGUUAGAUCAAUACCAGGAUAUGAGGAUAUUGAUCUGCGAGUAAAAUGGCCAAAUGAUAUUUACUACAGCGAUCUUAUGAAGCUUGGUGGAGUUCUGGUAAACUCUACACUUAUUGAAACAACAUUUCACGUACUUAUUGGCUUUGGAUUUAAUGUGAAUAACAGCAACCCCACCAUAUGCAUCAAUGAUCUCAUCACAAAAUUUAAUAAGGAAGAGGGGACAAAGCUGAAGGCUUUAACUGUAGACUGUCUUAUUGCAAGAACUGUAACCGUGCUAGAAAGGCUUAUAGAUAUUUUUCAGGAGAAAGGGCCCAACGGAGUUCUUCCCCGUUACUACAAGUACUGGGUACACAGUGGUAAGCAAGUCCAUCUCCACAGUGAGGAGGGUCCGCUUGCAUGGAUAGUCGGGAUAGACGAUUAUGGGUUCCUUCAAGUUCAUGAAGAAGGCAAAGGCGUAGAGUCUGUGCACCCAGACGGCAACUCUUUUGACAUGCUGAGAAACCUCAUAGUCCCAAAGCAUUAA